ACACAAGCUUAAUAUAAGAAGAACCCUCAUAUUAAUAUUAGAUAUUAUCAAUCAAUAUUUAUUUUAGUUCCAAAAUGUUAGACAAACUUUGGGAUGAUACUGUUGCUGGCCCUCAACCUGAGCGUGGCCUUGAGAAGCUUAGGAAGCUAACUACCAGCAUCAUCAAAGAUGAAGGAGGAAGUGGUCAGUUAAUGAGAAAUACGUCGUUGCCUUCGACACCGACAACACCUGUGACUCCGACGACACCUCAAUCGGCACGGAAAGUUGACAACGUUUGGAGGAGCGUGUUCAAUCCUGGGAGUAACUCUGCUACCAAGACAAUUGGUGCUGAUAAGUUUGACAAACCACUCCCCAACACCCCCACUGUCUAUGAUUGGAUGUACAGUGGGGACACAAGGAGCAAGCACCGUUGAUGUGGCCACCAAAUCUUCCUUGGUUGCAUGUAAAUAUUUUCCUGUUUUGUUGAUCGUCUGCCACGUGUCUGUAUCAUCAUCACGUGUCGUGAUCUGAUCGGUCUGGUGUACCAUGUUUGUUUUUACAUAUAAGCAUCUAAUCUGAAUCCGAAUGUAAAAUGCUUAGUAUGCUUUAAUUUCCUUGUAUUAAUUCGAGUUUUGUUAUCUAGCUUUGCCUUAACAGGUUUAUCUCUCUUCUUUGUUU